GAGGCCCUGCGGCCGGGGAGGUUAUAGCUCCGACCCCCAGAGGUCGGGCUGCCAGCCUGCGCUGCACCCGGGUGUCGGUGCCACGUGUCGGCGCCCGCCAGUCUCCCCCCAGCAGGUAAUUCUAAGAAGAUGAGAAUAUUUAAUAUCUUUACAUUUAUAACCUACUGUCAUUUGCUUAAUGCAUUUACUAUCACGGCUCCCAAGGACAUGUAUGUGGUUGAGUCUGGCACCAAUGUGACAAUUGAAUGCAGAUUCCCAGUAAGCACCAAACUAGACAUGCUUUCAUUAGUUGUCUACUGGGAAAAGGAAAAUAAGCAAGUUAUUCAAUUUGUACACGGAAAGGAGGACUUGAACCUUCAACACAGUAGCUUCCGGGAGAGGGCCUGGCUUUUGCAGGACCAGCUCUCCAAGGGAACCGCCGCACUUCAUAUCACGAAUGUGAAAUUGCAGGACGCAGGAGUUUACUGUUGCAUGAUCAGCUAUGGUGGUGCAGACUAUAAGCGGAUUACCCUGAAAGUCAAUGCCCCAUACCGCAAAAUCAACCACAGAAUUUCCGUGGAUCCAGUCACGUCUGAACAUGAACUAACAUGUCAGGCUGAGGGUUACCCUGAGGCUGAAGUCAUCUGGACAAAUAGUGACCACCAAUUCCUGAGUGGCAAGACUACUGUCACUACUUCCCAGAGGGAAGAGAAGAUUUUCAAUGUGACCAGCAUGCUGAGGAUCAACGCAACAGCUAACGAUGCUUUCUACUGUACUUUUCGGAGAUUAGGUCCAGGGGAAAACCACACAGCUGAGUUGAUCAUCCCAGAACCACCUGCAGUAUUUCUCCCAAAUAAGAGGACUCACCUGGUGACACUAGGACCUGUCCUGCUGUUCCCUGUUGUAGCACUGACAGUCCUCUUCUGCCUGAGAAAAAAAGUGAGAACUCUAGAUGUGGAAAAAUAUGGCAUCCGAGAUACAAACUCAAAGAAACAAAAUGAUACACAAUUUGAGGAGACGUAAGUGGCGCUGAGACUUCUGAUCUUCAAGGAGGGAUUCUCAGCCUGCGGUGCGGGAAUUCAUGAAGAAAAAGGGCCAGUGAGAUGUGGACGAUGUUGAACAUUAAAGGUCCAAGCACUGGGAAUGGAACCCAGGAAGGGAAGAGGAGAGAACAGGGAAGAAGGUGUUGAAAGGGGAGCAUGGAAGGAAACCCUGCCACCUCAACGGAGCUGAGAGCCUCAUCAGUGUAUAAGAAGGGGACAAAGGACACUUCUGAAUGAGGCACCUAUCAGCAAAUUGUCCAUCACUCAUCCUGGGUUGAGAAUCCCUGAUUUAAUGGAUAGUUCCUGCAGAAGUCCCCUUUCUUCCACUCAUUGCCUGGAUAAGAGCCCAAGAGUUGCAAGACCUAAAGUAUGGGUUUUGCUAUUUAUUUGGAGUCUGUGGAUUCUUCUUGCCAUAGGAGCAUGGCUGUGAUUGACUUGUCUUGAAGAUAUAAUAGUUGUUAAGAUUUUGUCACCAAACUCAACUGCUGCUUAACAACUUGUCCAGUGGCAGUGAAUCAUAUAGCCUUGGUGAGGUAGUUGGUAUCUUCUGUAACUAUUGAUACAAAUGGGAAGUAUAGCAAACAAACCUAUUGGUUUGGAUAGGAUCUUACCUUAUUAACUCAUUGAUUGACUUGAAUAAUCUUAUUCUCAGCCAGUGUUAGUUCCGUUUAAAUAUCAGGGUUACAACUGUGUGGUACUACACUCAAUCUCAUUUCAUCUCCAUAGCAACUCCCAUAGUGACCUCUAUUAUCAUACUCACUUUAUAGCCUAAGACACAGAGGGAUUAAGUAACUUGUCGACAGCAGCUAACAAUCCUCAGAUUUCUAUCAUUCACCCGCUGGCCUUUUAGAAUACAAUUUACAGCUAUGCUUUAAGAAAUUAAUUCAAAAUCUGCUUAUUAAGAAUCAUAUGUUAUACCAUGCCUUGCACUACGUCAGGCACUAAGCAUAGAGAAAUAAGCCAGAGUAUCAAUUGGAUAUAUUUAUGCAUGUUUAAUAAUCCAAACACUUUAAAUUUUUCAAGAAGUCAGUACUUAAAAGACUGUGGAAAAUAACUCUUGAGUUCCUGAUCUAGCAUUAUAUUUACCCUUGAUUUGUUAUCUUUACCACACAAUCUGAUGUUCUCCAUGUAGUGUCUACUAUUGUUUGGUAUUUCUUUCUUUUUUUCCUAUUUAAAUUAUAUUGAGAUUGAGAGAUAGACUAAUCAGUAAAGUGCUUGCCUCACAAGUAUGAGAACCUGAGUUUGAUCCUUAGGACCCACAUUGAAAAAAAAGCUGGGUGUGGCCUAUGUACACCUUUGAUGCCAGCACUGGGAGGCAGAGGCAGGCAGAUCCCCAGUACACACUGGCCAUCCAGCCUAGUCUGCUUGGCAAGCUCCAGGCUUGCAAGAGAUGCUGUCUUUAAAAAAAAAAAAAAGCAAAAAGAAAAAAAAAACAAUAAAAAUGUAGACAGCACCUGAGAAACUAUUCAUGUUGACCUCUGACUUCCACAUUCACAUGAACCACAUCCUUGCACACAUGCAUACACACGGACAUGCAUGAACACACAUACAAUCCAUGAUUCGGAAUUCAGAAUGGCCCAAAAGACAAUUUAAAAACCCACAGCUCCUCUCCAUCCUCCUAACCAUGGACUUUCCCUCUUCAGAAGCAACUGCUGCUGCUUUUUGCUCAUUUCUUAAAGACAGUCUAUAUGUAGAAAUGUAUAUUAAAGUAUGUAUUUUUUGAAUUCCUAGCCGGGUAUAGUGCCUUUAAUCCUAGUGCUCAGGAGGCAGAGGCAGGUGGAUCUCUGUGAAAAUGAGGUCGCCUUGGUCUACAGAGUGAGUUCUAGGCCAGCUGGGGCUACAGGGAGACCCUGUCUCAAAAACAAUCAAACAAAAAAUAAAAAAAUAAAAUUCCUAAAUGGUAGCACAUUAUGCAUUUACCAUGCACUUUACCUUUUUAUUGAAUGUAUUAAUUCUUAUAUAGCUACUGGGACAAGUUUAAACAUCCCAGAAGUUAGGAUGUUUGUUUCUAGAUUUUCUUUCCCAUAGCUUCAAUGUCUUUCAUACUGUUUAAACCAGAUGUCUGCUACCUUACUUUUAGACAGUCAGUGUUUAACACUUCCUCUAUAACUAAAUUUGUAUUUCUGAUCAAAGGGAGACCACUGGUCCCCAGGGUGUACUGAGUCAACCCAAUACUAAGAGGCAGGCUUCUUAAUUCUGACAGAAGUAGGUCUGGAGCAUUGUUUUGGUUUGUUUUCUACUUGUUCUCUCUUAAACACAGACUUUACCUCAGUACUGUACUUGCACAGGUACAGAUUCUUUCUGGAAAUGUCAGCAUUGUACCUUGACUGCUGGCGUCCCUGACCCUCAUUUGUGUCAGGAAAGGCCCAUUAGCUGUGCUUGAGUCCCUGAAUGCCACUGGCUCUUAUCACUACAGGGGCCUCUGAGAUGCUGUUUUCCAGAGACUCUGGGAUUCAAUGUUCUCUCAGGGGUCCCAGAGUUUUUUUUUCAUCCUUGAGGCCAUUGUCUUGGUUUUGUCACUUGUCAAGACUGAAGAAACAGAAUCCCCAGCUGAACCCUUUCUGUUGCUCAUCUGCACAUGUUUAUUUGUCGAAGGAUUCCCCAGUUUGUAUAAAGUUCAAGAGAAGAUUUGCCUGGGUGAGACAGUCCAUGUAUUCACUUUGAAUCUUAAUACCUUCUCACUGUGUUGGGUUGGGAAAGCACUUUAUUCUUUUGUGUUGUUUCACUAUAAGUGGAGAUGUGAUUCUAUAUUUGAUUAUCAUUGUUUGUACUUGCAUUAAUUUAAUAAAAUAUUUAUUUUA